AUCCAGUUUCCAAUUAACAUUGCCUCUAGUGGUAAAGGACAGAGACCCUCAGACUGAUGAAAUAGGCUCAGAAUUACCUAGACAAAGCAGAUAUUUGUCACUCUCUUCCCCUUCUCUUGUGUUUUACAGUGAAGUCAGAUGAGCAAAAAGUGUAGGGGAAUAUAAUGAGAGUAAAUACGGUAAUCUCUUCAUGUGCUAGCUUAAGCGCUGGACUUGGGACUUAGGAGUGGCAAUGGGGCCACUUAGAGCUUACAUCUGACUUUGACUGAAAUGUAGGUGAGAGAUAAGAUUGUCUCAUAUCCGGGGAAAUCAUAACCCAGGACUAGGACGGGAAGAGGAAACACUGGCUUUACUUCAGCGGGAGCCUCGGCAUGUGCCUGCAAGCCAAGUGUUCACAGCUAACACUCCUGUGCUGAACAAGGCAGCGGCUCCUCGGUAAACCUCCUCCUUCAUAAUCCUUUGCUCCUGAUUGUUCAAAGUGGACCCCAGGGGAGAAGUUAGAGCAAAGAAGUUACCACCGCCAAGCAGUCCAAGAGGCCCAGAAGCAAACCUGGAGGUGAGACCCAAAGAAAGCUGGAACCAUGCUGACUUCGUACGCUGGAGGGACACAGAGUCUGUUCCUGGAAAGCCCACUGUCAAGGCAGAUAAGGAAGUUGGGGGUCCCCAAAUCUGCCGUGUAUGUGGGGACAAGGCCACUGGUUAUCACUUCAAUGUCAUGACAUGUGAAGGAUGCAAGGGCUUUUUCAGGAGGGCCAUGAAACGCAACGCCCGGCUGAGGUGCCCCUUCCGGAAGGGCGCUUGCGAGAUCACCCGGAAGACCCGGCGACAGUGUCAGGCCUGUCGCCUGCGCAAGUGCCUGGAGAGCGGCAUGAAGAAGGAGAUGAUCAUGUCUGAUGUGGCUGUGGAGGAGAGACGGGCCUUGAUCAAGAGGAAGAAAAGAGAACGGAUUGAGACUCAGCCACCAGAAAUACAGGGGCUGACGGAAGAGCAGCAGAUGAUGAUCAGGGAGCUGAUGGAUGCUCAGAUGAAAACCUUUGACACUACCUUCUCCCAUUUCAAGAAUUUCCGGUUGCCAGGGGUGCUUAGCAGUGGCUGUGAGAUGCCAGAGUCUCUACAGGCCCCAUCGAGGGAAGAAGCUGCCAAGUGGAGCCAGGUCAGGAAAGAUCUGUGCUCUAUGAAGGUCUCUCUGCAGCUGCGGGGGGAGGACGGCAGUGUCUGGAACUACAAACCCCCAGCCGACAAUGGCGGGAAAGAGAUCUUUUCCCUGCUGCCCCACAUGGCUGACAUGUCAACCUACAUGAUCAAAGGCAUCAUCAACUUUGCCAAAGUCAUCUCCUACUUCAGGGACUUGCCCAUUGAGGACCAGAUCUCCCUGCUGAAGGGGGCCACUUUUGAGCUGUGCCAACUGAGAUUCAACACAGUGUUCAACGCAGAGACUGGGACCUGGGAGUGUGGCCGGCUGUCCUACUGCUUGGAAGACACUGCAGGUGGCUUCCAGCAACUUCUACUGGAGCCCAUGCUGAAAUUCCACUACAUGCUGAAGAAGCUGCAGCUGCAUGAGGAGGAGUAUGUGCUGAUGCAGGCCAUCUCCCUCUUCUCCCCAGACCGCCCAGGUGUGGUGCAGCACCAUGUGGUGGACCAGCUGCAGGAGCAAUUUGCCAUCACCCUGAAGGCCUACAUUGAAUGCAAUCGGCCCCAGUCUGCCCAUAGGUUCCUGUUCCUGAAGAUCAUGGCCAUGCUCACUGAGCUCCGCAGCAUCAAUGCCCAGCACACCCAGCGGCUGCUGCGCAUCCAGGACAUACACCCCUUUGCUACGCCCCUCAUGCAGGAGUUGUUCAGCAUCACAGACAGCUGAGCGGCUGCCCUUGGGUAUCGCCUCCGAGGGGCAGCCAGACCCAGGGCUCUCUGAGCUGCCACUCCUGGGCCAAGACAGAUGGACACUGCUGAAAGCCGACAAUGCCCUGCUGAGCCGCCUCCCCAGGGAACUCUUGCUAUGACAGCUGGCUAUCAUUCCUCAGAAAGGACAUGGAUACCCCCCCACCCCUAGUUCAGUCUGUAGGGAGUGAAGCCAUAGACCCUUAUGUGGAGAGUGCACUGGCCUGUAGGUCACGACUGUCAGAGAGGCAAGGCUGCCCUUUCCUUCUAAAAGGCCCUGUGGUCUGGGAGAAAUCCCUGAGAUCCCACUAAAGUGUCAAGGUGUGAAUGGGGCGGCCAGGGCUGGGCCAUCUGGGGUCUAUGACCACAUACCCACGUUUGUUCGCUUCUUGAGUCUUUUCAUUGCUACCUCUAAUCGUCCUGUCUCCCACUUCCCACUCAUUCCCAAUCCCAGCCUCCUCUUCUGAGGUGCUUGGCAGGCUCCAGGCCUGUGCUCAUUGGCAGGUGCAUGAGUAUCUGUGGGAGUCCUCUGGAGAGAAGAGAAGCCAGAAGACGUGCACCAAAUGCCAAAAGCUUGGCAUGACCUCAUUCUGGCCACAUCAUUCUGUAUCUCUGCAUCCAUUUGAACAUGUUAUUAAGCACCAACAAUAGGUAGCCUGCUGUGGGGUAUACAAUGUUGACUCAGAUAUAGAACUUGAGCUCACAGAGUUUAUAGUUAAUAAAAAAAAAAAAAAAACAGAAACACAAGUAACUUGGAUCAAAAGGACAAAUAAUAAAUGACAAAAGCAGCACAAGGAAUUUCCUUGUGGAUGCUGAGCUGUGAUGACAGAUAUCAGGGAUCCAAGUAAGGUUCCCGAAGACAUGAGUUUGUGGGCAUAAAGGCACAAACUUUGGCUGUGGGUGCGGAUGUGUGAUUUAGUGUAGGUAGGUCUGUUCCCCAUCUGAUGGGGCAUGCAUUUGUUCCUGGCGCUGAAAUGCUGGGUAUGCUCUGUGACAAGGCUACGCUGACGGUUAAACAUAGCAGAGAAGAAUAAUUUGCAUGCACCUUGUAUUUCUAGGUACACAUCUGUUCUCCAAGAUAAAGGGUAUGAAAGUGCCUGCCUUAUUUAUAGCCACUUGUGAGUAAAUUUUUUUUUUUGCAUUUUCACAAAUUAUACUUUAUAUAAGGCAUUCCACACCUAAGAACUAGUUUUGGCAAAUGUGAUCCUGCAUUUAAUGUCAAAUUAAGGCAAGGGAAAUUAAAUAAUGAACUUUUGGCUAGAGAGGUAAACUUUUUUGGCCUUCUUUUCUGGGAAAAAAAAUGUGGGGGUGGGAAAAUAGAAAUAAAUACAUACGUGCAUAUAUAUUUUUACUACUUAUUUUAUUAUUGUCUUUAUAAAUCUAAAGACCCUGGGGUAAGAACAUAAACAUGAAUUAUUUAACUUGGCUCACUCAUAAAAUGAUUGUUUUGUAUAAAAGUUUAACGUGCAUACCAUAAUUAAAAAUGUAGGAACUGAAUUAAUUUUAAAUGUUUAAUAUUUCUUUCAAAUGAAACUUCAUGGUCACUGAAUUUUAAAGAACAGAUAAUUACUUAGCUUUUGCCAUUUUACAAGAAGGAGGCCAAACUUUGAGAAUAUGGUAAAUCAUCAGUAAUAUAGAUCAAAACAAGUAAACGCAUUCUGUCAUCCCUCUGAAUUUACCAGACUUUUCUGCAUUAAGUAGAUUUAGGGAGCACUUAUUUUUAGAAAAGAUACUGAGGGAAACAAGAGCUUCUCUUUCCAAACUCAAUGAAUACAGUAUUUGCUCCCAGGAAUUUUGCUUAAUUAUGAACCCAUUUAUAAUUAGAAAUACAAAUUUCUAAUUUGGAAACAUAGAUUUUAUUCCACUGUAUUCAUAAAUCAUAUGCAUUGCCCCUUCGCUAUUGAAAUAAUUUGAGUGCAAUUUGUUCAAGAGUCUGAAACUGUUGCUAGCCGCAGGAGAGGGUAAGGUGAAGUUAGGAUGGAAUAGAGGGCAAAUUUCCAACUCCCAGUAUUGAUUUAAAAACUCCAGGGCAGUUAGUUCCUCAAACACUGAAUUGACAUGUACAUGUAAUUUAUAGAUAAAUUUAAUACUUACAGGUUAUAAAAACUAAGUGUAUUUUAAGAGUAAAGAGUCAAUGUUAGAUGCACCAAAGAGCUCACAUAGGGUACUUCUUUUCAAUAGUUUUGUGGAUCACAAGUUUAUGGGACUGGGAACCAGAUUUUAACUUUCCUACUCCAACAUUUCUGUGCCUUCUUUACUCCUGUCCCUGAACUUUUGAGUAAGCAGAACUAAGCAUCAGUUUCUAGGCAUCCUGUGACCACAUUUUUUUCUGGCUCAAUGAGGAGAGGAUGGAGUCAGUCUCCAAAGCUCAGGGCAAAAGACCUAAGCAAGCUACUGCAUACCAUCUGCCCCCUCAUUAGUAACGGCCACUCAACAGCCUCUCUCUACCUGGCCCAGAACUUUGUCUAACUAAGUCUUGACAUCAACAACGAAUCUGUGGGAAGGGCCAAAGUGGCCACUCCCUUCUGGAGAAAGAGGAUGUCAAGAGAAACAUACAUAUGAUUACCCAUCCCUUUCUAACUCCUGACUCCUAACUAUGGGCCUCAUUAUGUCAUCUUCUAUGGCAGCUUGUUUUUUCCUGGUAGCUUUCCCUUUAUGUCCUUCAGCUCUCCUAAAUCUGAUGGUGCUGAUGAGUGAAAUAUUCCUACACUUGAGAUAUGAGUGACCACCCCAAUGCUUUUGUUCACUUCCUUUCACGAACUUCUCAGUGAUAUGGAUGUAAAACCUGAUCUCUCUUUUCCUCACUACCUUCCUAGAACACAUUUCAAAAUGACAUCGACUGGCUGGGCACGGUGGCUCAUGCCUGUAAUCCCAGCACUUUGUGAGGCUGAAGUGGGCAGAUCACUUGAGGUCAGGAGUUGGAGAUCAGCCUGGCCAGUCCCUACUAAAAUUGCAAAAAUAAACUUGGUGUGGUGGUUCGUGCCUGUAGUAUCAGCUACUAGGGAGGCCGAGGCAGGAGAAUCACUUGAACCCGGGAGGUAGACGUUGCAGUGAGCAAGAAUGUCUCAAAAACAAAACAAGCGAACAAAUAAAAACAAAACAACAAAAAAAUGACAUCCACCAUCACUGCUCUCCUGAAAUAUGAUCCUGAAGAACUGUCUAGUCUUUUCGGAAAGACUUACAAACUAAAAGGGCAACCUUUCCGGAUUUUAAAUUAAAAGGAUCUUGCAGGACACUUAACACAAUGUUUAACUCAAUCUCAGAACCUACACAAGAUAGUAGCAAAUCCUAAACAAAUGCACUUCAGUGCCAGCAGGAGGCCCAUUUCACAAGUAACAUCUUCUGUUUUGGCUAAUCCAAUCCUCCCUGCUGCCCCUAAUCAUAAAUGUGUUUAACUGUUUUACAAAUGUUCGUGGAAUUAGCCAACCCCACCACCACAGUAAAUAAGAGUACCACACAUUAUCGAAUAUAAAUUUGUUUUUAUUGAAGCAGCAGUCACAUGACCUUAAAUCUAGCCUUUAGAUUAGGCCUGACAGAGUAAGCCAGCCCUAAAAAAAUGAUGUUUCAUUUUGCACUAAGAGACAUGUUUACAUACAUCAUCCAGUAUUGGAAAUGAGCAGACUCAAACACAACAUAUGUUGGUUACCUGGGAGGUACAGCCCCACUGUUUGUGGUGUCCAUAUAUUUUACAGAGACCCCCAAAGACCAUUACUAAUAGGAUGAAAGUUAAAAGAAAAUACAGCCACACCAAAUCAUGAACACAGUAAUCAAAGACAGCAGCUUAUACACAUUUAAAAUUUGUCCCUUUCAGAGUUGUUUUCUUUCUUUUCUAAGCAAUGUCUCCAAAGCUUCCUCUACAUCAAAUCCAAAGGUUUCCAAGAUGGAAGCUGCACCUUUUGGGGCUACACAAUGGAAUAAAAUCAUUGGGAAGAACAAGAAGUGGUAUUCAUAUCUUGUUUUUUAUAACAAAGAUUCAUGUUUCCCUAGUUAGAGGAACAGAAAUGGUGAUGUGACUAUAUAUUGCAGUGGCAAAAUAGGUAGGGCGAAGAAAGAGAAUUGGGUACUGAAAUAAAGACCACACACUUGUGAAUUUUAAUUUCAUUUCCAGGCUAACCUACUUUUUAUUUAAUGCAAAUUACAGUACCAGUUAACUAUUUCCAAACCAAGUCACAUAGAACAAAAUGUAUUUACAAGGGAAUGGGGAAAGGGAAAAAAAACAUUGAGCAUACUUUUCACAAAAAAGUUUAUAUUUAAAAUGAAAAAAAAAAUCAGUCACAGAGGCAUUCAAGUAGUAAUAAUGUUAUACAGAUUUUGCUUUUCCUUUAUAUCAAGACAGAUUUGCACAAGUGUUUGCAAUAGUUUGUAUACAACCCACAGUCCUUUAUAUAUAUAUAUAUAUAUAUAAUAAAUUUUGUUUUUUAGGUUUGUUUUUAAGAUGGAAGUGGUCACGCUAAUUGGUAUGUGUACAGGCCCAAGUGAUCCAUCGGCAACACAUUUAUAAAUGCAAAUUUUACAGGCAAGCAGAUUUCAUACAUCUAUCUGUAUCUGCCUGUAGACAGAUAUAGUAAGGAAAAAAAACUUAAAAAUUAACACAAGGAAGUCUACUUUGUCAAGGUAACCCCUUAUGUACUGGUUGUCAUUUUGCUUUUAUUGCGGAGGUGCAAAACGGAGCAACAAACUUGAAUAAAACAGCAUAAACCUUGUGAAAAUAAUCCAAACUCCAGGGAUUACUUUCGAAGCCUCUCAAAGGUAGAUCUCAGUCUGGGACUCUACUGUGCUUCUAGUUGUCUCUUUUAGUUUCAGUGGCUCAGGUUUCUACCAGAAAAGACAGAUUUUAUUGUAAAGCAUACUUUUCUAUAUAGGGGAGAAACGUGUUUGGCUCUGUGAUUAGAUGGUCACUAACAUGAACAGUAGGAAUUAGACACAAUUUUGAUUGAAAACAAAGAACCACUCCCACCCCACCCCCACAAACUCCUGGGGAUCUGGCAUUGGCCAAGCUUCCUUUGGAAGAUUCCAAAGUUAAAUCCUUUAAAAAGGGAAGGGAAAAACAGAUGAAAUGCCAGUGUCUUUAUAUCCACAGGGAUAGAGAAUAUAAUAGUCCUCUCAGAAACCUUUGCAUUGGUGCAGACAAGAUGACUAGUUAGGCAUAUUUUGUUAAAACAUAAACCAAAAAGAUGUGUCUAAAAAUUAAGAGGACUUUAAAAAAUGACACAGCAUGUCAUUAGAAAGGUGCAGUCUUCUGCCUUGCUGGAGUGAACACACGAUGUUUUCAAAAAUGGUAACCUUUGGUUUGGUAGUUCUUUCUUCUAUUCAAGACCUCUUAUAUGGAGUAUUUUGAGGCAAAACACUCUUAUUUUUCUUUCAAAGAAGGCCUUCGUGUUGGGCACACAGGAAGAAUUAAACUGAUUUUUUAAAAAAGAAAAUGACAUUUCAUUAAAGAAGAGUAGAGAUGGUGGGAGGGAGGAAAUGGGCUAGGAGUUCCCUUGUUAAAACAACAGUCCUCUACUUGCACGGUGGCACGCCAUGCAGUUAACUGCUAGUAAUUGCACUAUAGCAUUUAGACCACUGAUGUAUCAAAACCUGAUACUAUUAAGAAACUUCUAUUUAUAAAAAACCAAUUACCUCUCACUCUCUCAUUUGGGAGGGAAGUAGAUAAAAGAGGAGAGAGCAUGGAAGGCUCCCGGAAUCUGCUGUUUUUAAGACCCAUGGUUAGGGCUUGUAGAAGAGACGAGCAAAAUCUAAUCUAUUCGAUAUCCUCCAGCUCUAGGGCUCCCUGGCACUACACUAAGUCCCUGAAUGGACUAAAUAUGAAAUGAAACCAGUCACUGCUACUGAGGAGGAAACAGACAUUCAGAACCAAAACAAAGGCAGGGCUUGAACAAAAUGAGAUAAUGAAUAUGGUUUCCUCUUCCCACUCCUGAGUAUGGUAUCACUGAAACUUAACUUUGGAAGGGGGAAAGAUACUGUUAUGAGUGAGUUUUUAUUUCAAAGGGAAAUAGGGUGGACAGGGAAACAUGGAUAAAGGAAACCAAUUAAAAUUUUAAAAAGAACAAAUUAAAAAAAAAAA